CACUUCAGUCAAGAUGAAUCUCUGGAUCGGAGUAACGCUUUUGUUCCUUUCAACUUCAAAUUCUCAAGGUUGUGGAAACAAACCAUUUUCGGCUAGAGUCGUUAAUGGGGAAAAUGCUUCUCCACACGCAUGGCCCUGGCAGAUUUCUCUCAGAGUAAAUGGACGCCACAUUUGUGGCGGAUCUCUUAUCGACAAAGACUGGGUAGUCACUGCCGCCCAUUGUGUGAAUAGAAACCCGCGCCCAAGUGGAUACACUGUAGUCGUGGGAGCUCAUCGUCGAACCGGAUCAACAGCAGUGCAGCAGACCUUUCGUUUGAAACAAUUGUUUAAACAUGAAGGAUUCAGUAUGAGAAAUCUGAGAAAUGACGUUGCACUUCUUCAGCUUGAAAGGCCUAUAUCAGCCAGUUCCAGAGUCAACACGGUGUGUCUACCACGCUCUGGGAGUAGGAUUCCAGCAAGAACACGAUGCUAUAUUACUGGCUGGGGAAGAACAAUUGGAGGUGGAAAUGCGGCGGACACACUCCAGCAGGCUAUGCUGCCAGUGGCCUCACACAGUGAAUGCAGCAGAAUCAAUGGACGACUGGGUCCUGUCGAUGAGAGAUCAAUGAUAUGUGCUGGAGGCCAAGGAAAAGGAGGAUGCCAGGGUGACAGUGGCGGACCUUUUGUUUGCAAUGAGGGUGGACGUUGGACAUUAAGAGGUGCUGUGAGCUGGGGUCACUCACUGUGUAGGACAGAUCACUUCACGGUGUUCGCUCGUAUAAGCAGCUUCAUUAACUGGAUUAACCAAAAGAAGACAGGUGGAGGUGGAGGCGGAGGAAGUUGUCGCGAUAUGGACCGAAGAUGUCGGAGUUGGACUCAGUACUGCGGGUCUAAUCGGUUUGUGAGGGCUAAUUGCAAGAAGACAUGCAGACUCUGCUAAAUUCAGGUACC